CCAAGCCUAUAUUAAAGCCUCGGCCGUGAGCGCCGUCGGCCACUGGCACAAUAUAAUCCAGAUAGAAGCAGGAGCCGAGCAGAGGGGAUUUACGUUAUUCCUGCUUUCAUUUCAGCCGUCCUUUAUUUUAUUAACCUAAAACAAUGGCAGACACGCAGGUGGACUCUGGCUCGGAUAUCUCUGCCAAGGACCUGAAAGAGAAGAAGCUGGCGGAGGAGAAGGAGAACGGCAAGGAUGCUGCCACCAACGGGAAGGAGAACGAGGAGAACGGAGAGCCCGAGGUAGACGAGGAGGAGGUGGACGAGGAGGAAGAGGAAGAAGAAGAGGACGACGGAGAAGGCGAUGAGGAGGACGAGGAGGAGGACGAAGACGAGAUCGAGGGCGGCACAAAACGGGCAGCUGAGGACGACGACGAGGACGACGAGGACGACGUCGAAACCAAGAAGCAGAAAACCGACGACGACGAUUGAUGCGUUUCCACGCCGCGCCAUCCUGCUGAACCACUUCCUGAUUCUUCACCUCUGACCGCUUUUACACGUCACAGGUGGAGGGGCUGGAGGACUGAUCUAAAGGAGAAAAAAAAUACGUAAAAUAAAAAAAAAUCCAACAUGGUCAUUAGCAAGUAGAGUUCAACAAGCAUCCACCACGUCCAACCCAACGCCCCUCCAGGCUGCAAAACCAAUUUUCUAGAGGACCCCGCCGCCUCGCCCGCCCGACGCAGAAAUCCGGCUUCUCUUCAACAACAACUCCUCCGACGGAGAAUUUGUUUGUAUUUUUAUUUACAUUUUAUAUUUUUGUACAUAUUGUUAGAAGGGGGGUCAGCUUCUCUCUCGGCAGCGAUCUCGUCAGACCAAAUCGGUGCUUCUUCUGUAACAAAAAAGAUUUUACUUGGUUGACCAUGUUACAAUAUCUCAGAUACUAGAAAACAUGUAAAAAAGAAAUAAAAAAAUAAAAACAUGAAAGGCAACCUCUUAAAGCCGUUGAACUCAGAGCAUUCCAGUAAAUUUAAUGUAUGUACUUUAGCUGUACCAUAACUAGUUUGUUUGUAUGGGAGGGUAAGGCCAAAGAAAAGAGCCUCUUUUCUUUACGUUUCUGUUUUGUUUUUUCUUUGUCAGCGAAUUUUUGUUUUUUUUUUUUGUUUUAUGACGGCCUGUUUUGAUGUAUGUGAGAAGUUUGUUGUUUGACAAUAAACCGGACUUUUAUUUUGUGAGUUGUA